GCUCCUGACCUACUUCCGGGCAGCGUUUCGAAUGGAACCGUACGGCUACGCUAAUUACCACCCCCCUCCCCCGGGAAUUUGUGACGAAAGUACCAAAACCUCGACGAGACGACUGAGCUCAAACAUAAUUCGUCAAAUAUUCUUGCCCGGCCGGGUAAACUUCUCGCUGCAAGUCGGGACUUCUCGGGCCCGGUUAGCUUAGCUCGGCUUAGCGUAGCGUCGCUUUAGCUCGGCAAACAAAGAGACGCGCUCGGUCCGUUCGCAAACUCAGCGGGCAUCGGGAAAGGCGUCGUCGGCUGUCGCGUGAAAAUGUGCGCGAGGAGCGUGAAAAAGGAAGAGUGUGAGGAGGAAAUCUGGCGGAGCGAAGAGGCCGAGCCACAAGGUCGUCGUCAACGAGGGCUUGCGCUCCGCGGGGCAGACGUCGGGGAAGAAGAGCCCGAGCAGCUGAACGCGAAGGAGGAGAAGGAGCCCGAGUUGCUGCACUUUAAAGAGGAAGGGGAGCCCGCCCGCAUCAAAAAGGAAGAGGGGGAGGAUGAUGAAGUCACCCGGUUUACAGUGACCGCUGUAGAUGAAGAUGCUGACGGAGAAGCCGAAGCACCGCCGACGGACGGCCUCAUCGCGCCGCUAUCCGAUGCCAAUGACGACGACGAUGAUGAUGAUGAUGAUGAGGAGGAAGAAGAGCCCCAAGGUGACACGACAUGCCACGGCGACGGAAGAUGUUUCCCAUGCGCUCACUGCGGCCAAACCUUUUCCAGCAAGGCGCUGUGGAGAGCGCACGCCAGAACGCACCCUGUGGAAAAACCUUUUGCCUGCUCAAUUUGUGGCAAAAGAUUCUCCUUUAAGUCCGCUUUGCCGGCGCACGAGAGAACGCACACGGGCGAAAAACCCUUUGCGUGCUCCGUUUGCGGCCGGAGCUUUUCCGUCAAGUCCAAUUUGACAAAGCACUCCGUGGUGCACACCGGGGAGAAACCUUUCGCCUGCUUGCUGUGCGGCAAACGAUUUACCGCCAAGGACAGCCUAAUUCGGCACAGUCACGCGAAAACCCACACCGGCGAAAAGCCCUUUGUCUGCUCGUUCUGCGGUAAACGAUUCUCCUUCAAGUCCAAUUUAUCAAGACACGCAAAAGAACACACCGAGGAGAAACGUUUUGCCUGCACGCAUUGCGACCGAAGAUUCGCCGAUGAGAAACAGUUGACGUCGCACAUCCGAAUACACACCGGAGAUAAACCUUUUGUCUGCUCGCUCUGCGGUCAAAGCUUCUCCGUCAAGGCGAAUUUGGCGAGCCACAUGCUGAGACACGCCGGGGAGAAGCCCUUCGCCUGCUCAGUUUGUGGCAAGACGUUCACCGAAAAGAAAGGUUUAGACUCGCACGCGCGCAUGCACAGCGGGGAGAAACCUUUUGCCUGCUCGGUCUGCGGUCAGAGCUUCUCUCUCAAGUCCAUCCUGAACAAGCACGCGCUCAGGCACGCGGAAAACAAACCUUUUGCCUGCUCGGUGUGCGGUCAAACCUUUAUCGAAAAGAAAAACUUGAAGGCGCACAGCAGCACGCACACCGGGGAGAAGCCUUUCGCCUGCUCGCUGUGCGGCAAGAGAUUCACUCGCAAGGCCACUUUGGUGCCGCACGCGAGGAUCCACAGCGGCGAGAAGCCCUUCCGCUGCAGCGGCUGCGACCGAAGCUUCUCCCGUCAGGGCCAGAUCAAGUCGCAUCGGUGCCCCGGCCGCGACGGCCACCCGGAGGCCGGGGCCGAAGCCUAGGCUCGGAUCGGGUCUUCCAAUGCGCCCAGUGACGUCAUCGCGCCGCGCUUGCCGAUUGUUCGGGCGCCCGCCUUCUUUUACUCUCAAUCGUGGUUGUUUGUGUUGUGACAUUCGUGCAUCGGGGGUGCCUCCUCCUCGAGUGUCCUUGAGAUGUCCUACGCCGUGAUCGGGCAUCUCAGGCGCUGAGGGCGAGGGACGCGGUUGACUUUUCUCGCUCGCCUCGACGCCGCCGGUUUUGUUUGUGUCGCGCGAGCCCGACGUGAGCCGCCUCCCCCCGCGUUUGCUGUUGUGCUUUUUAAAAGGCCGUCGUUUGGAAUGUUCGCGCCAACCUUCCCGCAUGCUCGUGAGCCGUGUCACGUCAGUCAACGAUUCUUGACCUUGUUUAAAGACCGCAUCGAGUGAAACGUCGGUCGUUAUUAAUGUAUUUUGGAUUGUUUCUUGUUGUACAUACUCCUAUGAUCUUUGCUCCGUGUACAGCACAUUUUUAAACAGCGUUAAAGUGCUCGAGAAAUGCACUCGACUUGAGUUGAGGGGAGGGCGUCGCCCGCUUCAAUCGAGGAGACUUUGUCGUGUGUCAGGCAGCGGUUCUGUACUCGAGGUUUCAUUCGUAGGAGCUCUCCAAGGACCCCUGCUGCACAGCGAGCAGUAUUGCAACACAUCCAAAUGUCGCUCGACUCUAAAUUCCGACCGUGUAUCUACAUUUGAAAAAAAACUCGUCAUAAACGCUGUGCACACUCCGCUGCCUAGCAAUGUAGUUAGCUUGCUAUCUGUCUGUCUAUCUCUUCGAAUAUCAUCUUGAUCUUUGAGCCGCUGAUUUCACGUCGCCCCAUUUUGGCGCUUGUGUUUCCUGAAUAAAUCCCGAUGACAACAA